GUUUUUUUCAAUAGGGAGAGGAGGAUUUUGCAAAAAAAAAAAACACGGGGAGAGAAGAGCUGAUCAGAAACACCAUCCUGGAUCAGGAACACUUUUACCAUCUUCCCAUCCGCCGGCUUAUUAGACUCUCCUUCUCCGAUGGAGUCGGCGGUUGCUAACAGAAUCGAGCUGGCGAAGCUAUGCGGUGCCAAAGAUUGGUCAAAGGCAAUUCGACUUCUCGAUUCUCUUAUUUCCAAGAGUUGCCUUAUCCAAGACAUCUGCAAUCGAGCGUUUUGCUAUAGUCAACUGGAGCUUCACAAGCAUGUUAUUAAGGAUUGUAAUAAGGCGAUUCUGCUGGAUUCUUCCGCACUACAACCUUACAUACUCAAAGGUCAUGCUUUAUCUGUGUUGGGUAGGAGAGCGGAAGCCAUACUGGUUUGGCAGCAAGGCUAUGAGCAUGCUGUUCAACGGUGUACUGAUUUGAAACAGCUAUUGGAGUUAGAAGAACUUUUAGCAAUUGCUAGAAGUACAUCCAUACCUGGCGAUGAUAAUUCUUCACAGUUGUGUGGACUUGGCUCUGGGCCUCUUCUUUCUAAUAAUAUUGUUGAAAGUUGUAAGAACCAUGGGUUAAAUGCUGAACUGAAACAAUUUAGAAAACAAUUUAGCAAGGGCAGUAUACUGUCAAAUGGAAGUCAUCACAAACAAGCAAAUGGAACCUGUGGUAUUCCUGUCACAUUGGGUUCUCAUUCUACAGUAUGUGGUGACUUAAAUGAUAGGUCCGAACAAUGCAGUGGGUCGUCAUUAGUCACUAAUGAAUCAAGUGAAUCAUCAGAGAUUUUGAGCCAGUUGAAUAAUGAAUCUGGAGUUCGUAUUGAAAUGAGCGAUGCCAAUAGCAGAGGUAAAGGAUUCUGCGUAAGCAAGACUUUGAAGACAAAAUCAGUAACUUUGGAUUUACGAUUAUCAAGGGGGGUAGCUCAGGUUAAUGAAGGAAGAUAUGCAGAUGCUAUAUCCAUAUUUGAUCAGAUUCUAGAUGAAGAUCCCAGAUACCCUGAGGCAUUAAUAGGAAGGGGCACGGCAUAUGCAUUUAAGAGAGAACUUCAUGCAGCUAUUUCUGAUUUUACACUGGCUAUAGACUCAAAUCCAUCAGCAGGUGAGGCUUGGAAACGCAGAGGGCAGGCCCGUGCUGCCUUGGGGGAGUCUGUCAAGGCAGUUACUGAUUUGGCUAAAGCUUUGGAGUUUGAACCAAAUUCAGCUGACAUAUUGCAUGAAAAGGGAAUUGUGAACUUUAAGUUCAAAGAGUUCGAAGCUGCUGCUAAAGAUCUUUCCUCAUGUGUAAAUUUUGAUAAGGGUAACAAAUCUGCACACACUUAUUUGGGUUUAGCAUUAGCUUCAAUUGGUGAAUAUAAAAAGGCUGAGGAGGCACACAUGAAGGCAAUUCACAUAGACCCUAAUUUUGUUGAGGCCUGGGCUCAUCUAGCACAGUUGUAUAAAGACUUGGGGAAUUCUGCUAAAGCUUUGGAAUGCCUUCAUCAACUUCUGCAAACUGAUGGGGGGUAUGCUAAAGGAUAUCAUAUGCGUGGGUUGCUUCUCCAUGGUAUUGGAAAUCACAGGAAUGCUAUCAAGGAUCUAUCUGUGGGGCUAACUCUUGAUAGCGGAAAUGUUGAGUGCUUGUAUUUGAGAGGCUCUUGCUAUCAUGCAAUUGGAGAAUAUAAAGAUGCAGUGAAGGAUUAUGAUGCUGCUUUAGAUGUGGAAUUAGAUUCAAUGGAAAAAUUUGUACUUCAGUGCUUGGCCUUCUAUCAGAAAGAAAUUGCACUGUAUACAGCUUCAAAGCUCAACAGUCAGUUUUGGUUGUUUGAUAUUGAUGGAGAUAUUGACCCCCUAUUUAAAGAAUAUUGGUGCAAAAGACUGCACCCAAAAGAUGUGUGCGAAAAAGUUUACAGGCAACCUCCCCUGAAGGAAUCCUUGAAGAAGGGAAAACUGAGAAGGCUACAUUCUGCCCCAACAAAGCAAGCACACGCUCUUCUACAGGCAGCAGAUUCCAUUGGUAGGAGCAUACAAUAUCAUUGUCCUGGCUUCUUGCCAAAUAGGCGUCAGCACCGGAUGGCUGGCUUAGCUGCUAUUGAGAUUGCACAAAAAAUAUCAAGAGUUUGGCGUACUAUACAAGUAGAAAUGAAACACUCGAAUAAAUGCACAUCCAAAAGUGCCAAGAGAACCCGGAGGAAGGAAGGGAUAACCCAUCUUAGUCGAAACAGGGGUGGUGCUGGUUGUAGCACUAGCAGUUCGUCAGAGACAUAUGGAUCAGUUGAUGAAAGACCAGCUGGACGCCCUACAAUGUCGUGGCAUGAUUUGUAUUCCUUAGCUGUUAAAUGGAGACAAAUAUCUGAACCGUGUGAUCCAGUUGUCUGGAUAAAUAAGUUAAGUGAGGAAGAAUUCAAUUCAGGAUUUGGGUCCCACACUCCCCUCAUUCUCGGGAAAGCCAAGGUGGCUCGCUACUAUCCAAAUUUUGAAAGAACACUAAAUGCUGUCAAAGCAGUAAUAAAGGAGAAUGAGUAUGUAUUUGACAAGAGAGACAACAUUCUAGAUCUUUCUGGGAAUGGGAAAUUACAUGAGAUUAUGAGUGCUGAAUCUUGCCAUGAUCUUUACAGAGCUAUUGGUGAGGACUUCUGGCUGGCUACACGGUGCUACAGCACGGCCUUUGAGGGAAAACACCUUGAAGGGACAAGAAUCACACUACUAAAAACGCCUAAAGUUGGAUAUGACUUCUCAAUAAGAACACCAUGCACACCUGCAAGAUGGGAUGCAUUUGACAUGGAAAUGACAUCAGCAUGGGAGGCACUAUGUGAUGCUUACAGUGGGGAGGCAUAUGGCUCAACUGACUUGGAUGUGCUAGAAAGUGUCAGGGAUGCAAUCUUGAGAAUGACGUUCUACUGGUAUAAUUUCAUGCCACUUUCAAGAGGAAGUGCAGUUGUCGGGUUUGUGGUUUUGCUUGGUCUCUUCCUAGCGGCCAACAUGGAGUUUACUGGAAGCAUCCCGGAAGGCGUGCAAGUGGAUUGGGAAGCCAUUCUAGAGUCCGACCCUAACGCCUUUGUUUCUUCUGUGAAGAGAUGGUUGUCCCCAUCCCUCAAGGUGAACACAUCCUGGAAAGGCUAUGCUGAUGUUUCUUCAACUUUUGAGACUACGGGGUCUGUGGUCUCUGCUCUCAGUUCCUAUUCAGACUGAGAUAUUCAUUAUACUUUUGGCUUUUUAUCAACUAAUUAAAGCGACACACAUAUACUAGAAAGUAGAAAGGAAGAAGUAGAUUGGGGGCAUGGGGUUCUUUUAGAGUUUAGGGGCAGUGCAAGGGCAAACAUCUGACAAGAAGACUAAAGGGAAAUUGAAACUUAGGGUUACCAAUAUAUGGUUGUCCCUUUGUAUAUAUAGAAAUGUAGCCUUACGAUGUCUUUCAUAAUUUCUCCGAAUGAGCAAGGAUAGAAAUAAAUGUUUUUUCUACAUUCAUAAAUGGUGUCUAUUUAUUUGGGGUUAGAAAAGUUAGAUAACUUUGUAAUACCGAAUAAAUAAUUGCCACAUACAAAUUAAUAUAACUGUCGAAAGAUCAUGUAACCAUAUCUUUAUG